AUGAUGCGUCUGUGGGCUUUACUGCACUUUGUCACGGUGGUGUUUGUGUACCGAGCCGUGGCUCAGUAUUCCAGCGAUCAAUGUAGCUGGCGAGGAAGUGGUUUGAGUCACGAGUCGCAUCGCAGAGAUGUGGAGCAGGUCUACCUUCGUUGUUCCCAGGGUUUGCUGGAGUGGCUUUACCCGACCGGCGCCGUCAUCGUAAACCUGCGACCAAACACAGAACCCUCGCCGGCAAACCUGGCUGGUCUCCAUGUGUGCAUCAAACCCCAGCCUCACUCACAGGGUUCUCAUUUGUACUUGGAUCGAAGUGGUGAUUUGAGGCUACUGAUAGCCGAAAGCGAACAGCCCCAGCAGAAAAUCCAUUGUUUCGGAAUCACCGACGGAGCUCUCUUUGUUGAAGCCAUCCCCAAGGCAGACAUCAGUCGCAGGAUAACUGCUUUCCGGUAUGAACUGGUGUCCAGCCGAAGUCCUGGGGCCCAUUUGUACCCGCACCUUCACCCUGGUCUUGUCACAUGUGAACCAUGCUCGGAUGAAGAAGUCCUCAUGGCGGUCUGCACCAGUGACUUUGCAGGAAGCGGCUACUUUGAAGCCCAGCCAUCAUUCGCCACCGACAAACACUCCCAAGCCGUGCUGACUUUGAGUCGCCUCUUCCGCCAGAAGAACGCCAUAUUUGCUAGCGGUGGAGCCAAAGCGCGACGUUGGACAGGGCGGGUCAACGUUCCCACAAAGUGCGGCGUUCCCCACGGCGGAGAUAAAUACCUUUUGACCGGCUCGGUCCAUUUCGGAGAAGCUUGGCUCGGCUGCGCCCCUCGUUACAAAGACUUUGUGAAGCUUUAUAGCGAUGCAAGGAGAGCGGGUAGCAACCCUUGUCAAGUUAACACUGACUGA